AUGUCACACAUCAACACCACCGAGCUGCAGUCACUCCUGCUCUCCUUCCUGCAGCACUGCCUCAACAGCACAAGUAUACUGUCUCCACCGAUACCUCAGAACUACACUACCCAGCAGGCUGUGCACCACAUGGCUGGAGCCAGGCCCCACGCUCAGUCUGAGGGCAUGAUGUACAUCCUUCUGGUGGUUGGCAUGUUCAGCUUCUUCACAUUCGGCAUCAUGCUCAGCUACAUUCGCUCCAAGAAGCUGGAGAGCUCUCAGGAUCCAUACCACCAAUACAUUGCCCACGACUGGACCAAGGUGAUGACUCCGUCCAGGGCCGUCGCUCAGGCUCUGCACAGGGAAGCUGCCGGUAACGGAGCCAGCAGCAAGGAGUCCAUCGUCAUCUGCAACCCUGCAACACUGAAGCAGCUGCCAGACUAG